AUGACCCAGGAAGAAUGGGUUUUCCUGGCGGAGGUGCAGAAGAAACUCAACGUGGAUUCUCAGGCGGCUGCUCCCGGAGCCGCCGGGGCCGCCGCUUCGAGCACUUUCCCGUCCGUCGCCCCAGCUGCUGAGUGUCCGGAGCGGCCCUGGACGAGUCCGGUACAGGAGGAACCAUUGUUCCUGGAGGACGUAGUCAUUCUUUUCAACCAGGAAGAGUGGGCCUUGCUGAACGAUGCUCAGAAGAAUCUCUAUGGGGAUCUGAUGAUGGAAACUUUGAAAAACCUAGACUCCAUAGGACAGACGUCUUACGAAUGUCAGGACUGUGGGGAAACGUUUUCACUGUUGGGUUUUUUGCGUCAACAUAGAAAAGCACACAUAGAAGAGAGACCCAAUAAAUGCAAAGAAUGUGGAAAAGUCUUUUAUGACACAUAUACCCUACGUAAACAUAGAAAAAUCCACACAGCCGAGAGACCUUACGAAUGCAAGGAAUGUGGAAAAACCUUUAAUGUGCUAGCCCAUCUCCAUAGACAUUCGAGAAUUCACACCAGAGAGAGACCUUAUGAAUGUCAGGAAUGCGGGAAAACUUUUGCACAAUCAGAUACCCUCCUUGCUCAUCGAAGAAUUCAUACAGGAGAGAAACCUUAUGAAUGUAAAGAGUGCGGGAGGACAUUUUCACGGUCAAUUUAUUUGCGUAUCCAUACAAGAACGCACACGGGAGAGAGGCCGUAUGAAUGCGAUGAGUGUGGAAAAGCCUUUUAUGACACAUCGACCCUACGGAGACAUAGAAUAAUUCACACAGGAGAGAAACCGUAUGAAUGUAAGGAAUGCGGGAAAGCAUUUAAUUACUUGCCCCAUCUCCAUAGACAUGAAAGAAUUCACACAUGA